UUUCCCCCCUUUCCAACCCGUUCCUCCCCAGCCUCUGCACCCUACCCUUAUUUCCUGUCCCUGUCGCGCCCAGGUGUUUACCUGGCACUCAGGUGAGUCGUGCGCUCCGGCGGUUUCGGUCGGAGCUGCCUGCCUCUUCCGUCAGCGCGUCCCACAAACCCAGACGGCACGGAGGGGCCCCAGGCCAAAGGCGGUGGGCCCCUGAGCCCUGACACCGCCUCGCCACUGCUGCAGGUGACCCCGGCCGGCAGCGCCGCCGUGGUCCCGGAGCGCAGCGACAUGCCCGAGCUGGUGGUAACCGCGCUGCUGGCGCCGUCGCGCCUGUCGCUGAAGCUGCUGCGCGCCUUCAUGUGGAGCCUGGUGUUCUCGGUGGCGCUGGUGGCCGCGGCGGUCUACGGCUGCAUAGCGUUCACGCACGUGCUGUGCCGGCCCCGGCGCGGCUGCUGUGGACGCCGUCGGAGCGCGUGCCCCGCCUGCCUGAGCGACCCCUCGCUGGGCGAGCAUGGUUUCCUGAACCUCCAGAGCUCGGGCCUGCGUCUGCACUAUGUCUCGGCUGGACAAGGCAACGGACCCCUCAUGCUGUUUCUGCACGGCUUCCCUGAGAACUGGUUCUCCUGGCGUUACCAGCUCCGGGAGUUCCAGAGCCGCUUUCAUGUUGUGGCUGUGGAUUUGCGAGGUUACGGCCCCUCAGAUGCACCCCGGGAUGUGGACUCCUCUGCACCCUACCCUUAUUUCCUGUCCCUGUCGCGCCCAGGUGUUUACCUGGCACUCAGGUGA